GCUCCGGAAAGAGGUCCAACUCGACCUCACCUCGGGCUUAAGCUUUUCACGAGGCCAUUUCUGUCAGCCAAAUCCUUUGAGCCUGAUCCGUCCAUCACGGAGAGCUUAUCGGGACCCUUAGGCCAUGGUAAACUAGCAAAUUCCUCAGUGGGGCCUAAUUCCAAAUGUAGCGCAGUCUCGCGGACCUUACGGUCGCAAGCCUGCCGCCAACCCUCAACUGGGUAGGACGGCUCAAAAGUGCUAUUUAGGGAAGCCUGUCUAUCGACAAAACUCGGCCUCAACAAAAGUUGGAAAAUCUAACGAAGCCUGUCUACCGACCAAACUCGGCCUCAACAAAACUAGGAAAAUCUAG